AUGACCUUAUCCAAAAUGGAGAUCGAAUCGCAAGUUAUCGAAGCAAUUGACUAUUUCACUGAAAAAUACACCAAGGAUUUUGAGCAUAUUGCCGGAGAAAUGUAUAAGAAUCCCGAAGUUGCAUUCGAGGAAAAAUUCGCUCACGAUUUGAUAGCCACAUACUUCGAGUCUUUUGGCGAGUUCAAAGUCACCAGGCACGCCUAUGGCUUUCGUACAGCAUUUGAGGUGUUGUACGAAAAUGGUGGAAGAUUGGUCAAUUUCAAUGCUGAAUUGGAUGCCUUACCUGGUAUAGGCCAUGGCUGCGGUCACAAUUUGAUUGCUGCUGGUUCAUGUGCAGCUUUUUUGGUUCUCGUAAGAGUGUUGCAAAAGUUCAAUAUGUCUGGUUCUGUUCAACUCUUGGGAACUCCAGCAGAAGAAAGUCUCGGUGGAAAAUGCCAUUUGCUCAAAGGCGGAGCUUACAAAAACGUAGAUGCUUCUUUCAUGGCUCACCCUAUCACCACCAAUGGUUUGGACAUGAUCAUGGUUCCCUCUGUUUUCUUGGCAACUUCAUAUCGUGAAUAUGAAUUCACUGGAAAACCGGCACACGCUGCUGCAUUUCCUUGGGAUGGAGUUAAUGCUUUAGAUGCUUGUGUUGCAUCCUGGGUCAAUGUUUCUUUGUUAAGACAACAAAUAAAACCACAUGAACGUAUCCAUGGCUUCUUCAAAGAUGGUCCUACUGUUGCAAACGUUAUUCCAGAAUCUGCAAAAGUGGUAUUUCAAUUUCGUUCCAAGACCAGACAAGAGAUGGAAAGCUUGGCUUCCCGGGUCGAAAACUGUUGCAAUGCUGCUGCUCUUGCUACUGAAUGUACAUUGAAGCUGAAGGAGAUUUUUUGCUACUUGGAUAUGAUUCAAGUGCCCAGUUUGAUAGAAGCAUGCUAUGAAUCAACCAAGAAGUAUGCCAAAAAUGAGACUCAAGUGCUCGGUGAAAGCUCCAUCAUGAAGGACAUAUAUGGGUCUUCCGAUAUCGGUAAUGUUUCGCAGGAAGUUCCAGCUAUUCAUUUGGCCUAUAGCAUUCCAACGUUGGAAAAUUGCGCUCAACAUUCUCAUGUGUUCGCUCAGUCAGCGGGCCAAUUGAGCACUGCAAUGCCACCCACUUUGGUCACAGCUAAGUCAAAUGCUUUAUCGGCCUUCAAGGUGUUGCAAGAUGAUGGCUUAUUUGCCAAAGUUGGAAAGGAGCACAAAAUUCAAGUCAAGUACUAA